AGGAAUUCCGAGUCACGUCGAUUUGCGGAAGGAGCCCCGCAUUCGUGUGAUGCAGUCCGACCGACGUGGAAGUCCAAGGUCCUCGUGUCACACACCUCUGCGCUUCGCACAUCCAUUUCCUUGAUUCACUUCGGCCGCUUUCCUUCCGCAGAUUUUGGUGCCAAGGGCGUACUCGACUUCCAUAGCCAAAUCCGUGGCCAGAAUCCACUGUGUCUGUUUCUUAGUCUGUAUGUGAGAUCGAAGCAGAAACUUGUGCCACCGCCUGUAGACCAAUUUCUUUCUUUCGGGUGUUCGGAGCUGCACUUCCGUAGAGACCGUUUCGUAGUGAAAUUCGAUCAAGAUUUGAUAUUAGACGACUGUAUCGUGAUUACUCUCCUUCAUCGGUGGCAACAAGGCAGUUUCAUGGCAACCCUGCAGGCUUCAAACGCUACAGUCUCUUUGCAGGGACAGAAUUCCGCUGGAGCAAAGCAGACUUCUACUGCCUUGUCUAGAAGUUCUUUGUUCGGAACCAAGCUACCUGUGUCACUUCUCGAAUGUCCAACUUCUCCAAAACCAUCAUCCCUUAUCUGCAACGCCGUGGUGUGGUGGUCUGAUGCAACCAAAGAAUUGUUACCCGACUGGCAGAAAGCUCAUUUACGAAGAGUUGAAGCGCUUGAGGCUUUAGAGCGUGAUUACGAAGCAGGGAAAGAGCCCUUCGUUGAGCAGCCUACUAUUAUCGAGGAGGUUUUCGCAAUAGGGAAGGAUGCGCUCUUUGGAGGCGGAAUAGCGCAAGAGAUGAUUAUUGGAAGAACUGCGAUGUUGGGAUUUUUCGCUGCUAUGACUGUUGAAAUUGAGUCAGGAUGCACUGUAUGGCAACAGCUGAGUGUCAGGGGCGGAGCAGCUUUGAUCAUGGUAUCACUUGCAGUAAUUGCAGGCUCCCUUGCGCCUAAAGUGAACGAACUACUGAAGCGUGAAUUGGAAAUGCCUGUGAAACCAUUUCGAGGUUUUACAGCAAAUGCUGAACGAUUGAAUGGUCAAGCCGCGAUGGUGGGGUUUGUUGCUUUGCUCGCCACUGAGUAUGUUAAAGGUACUGCAGUAUUUUAGGCGCCUCUUGCAUUCCUAAACCUCGAGGCGAUGGUUGCUUAAUAAUUGCUGGUUCUCGAAACAGUGAACAAGCAGAUGGAGUCUUGAGCGGAUGUUCCAUCGUGUAUAUUGUUCGGAGAAAACUCUCCAGAGUCUCCAUUGAGAAAUCACCGAGUGAAAACAUUUUCAUAACAUGUAGUAUUGUACUUCAUGUAAGUUUUGGAUCUUGAUUACGCUUUAUAUGACUAUUUAGCUGUUAAAUCACUCUACCAGGACAAGACGUAUAUUUAUUUAUUUAUUUAUAUAUUUAUAUUUAUGUAUAGAACACUAUUUAGAAUUCAGGUUCACUUUUAGUUUAUCGCUUA